AUGUUAUCCAUCUUCAACCUUAGCUACCCCUGUUGUUACAAAUCUCUUACAAAAAAUUAAGAAAACAAAGUUGAGAAUGGAUUCGUCUAAGGGAAGCUCAGCUGCUAGUAUACAGAAGAUUGUGAUUCCCAACAGCAACAACGAGAAGCUGGUCGGUCUGCUUCAUGAAACUGGUUCUACUGAAGUUGUGGUCUUGUGCCAUGGUUUCCUAUCAAACAAGAAUGAUCCAGUCACCAAAAAUAUUGCUGCUGCUUUAGAAAAAGAAGGGAUCAGUGCUUACCGUUUUGAUUUCUCUGGGAAUGGAGAGAGUGAAGGCAGUUUCUAUUUUGGUAACUACAACUAUGAAGCUGAUGAUCUACGUUCUGUUAUCCAAUACUUUACCAACAUGAACCGUGUGGUUCCUAUAAUUCUCGGCCACAGUAAAGGAGGUGAUGUGGUCCUUGUCUAUGCCUCGAGGUUUCAUGAUAUCCGCAAUGUGAUCAAUCUCUCCGGAUAUUCUGAUCUCAAGAGAAGCUUAGUAAUGCGUCUUGGUGAAAAUUAUUUGGAAAGAAUUACGCAACAGGGUUACAUCGAUGCUGAAGAAUAUAAUAUCAAGUAUCGUGUUACUAAGGAGAGCUUAAUGGAAAGGCUAAACACUGAUAUGCAUGAAGUUUGCCUCAAGAUUGACAAAGAAUGCAGGGUCUUGACGGUUCAUGGAUCAGCUGACGAAAUAAUACCCUGGGAAGACGCCAAGGAGUUUGAGAAGAUCAUACACAACCACAAGCUGGAGAUUCUGGAAGGAGCUGAUCAUUGUUAUACCAAACAUCUAAGUCAACUAGUUACAACAGUUAUGGAGUUCAUAAAGACAGUCAUUGUCAACCACUAGUUUUCGUUUGUUUGUUUUUCUCUUUUGACUAAUGUUCAUGAUGCAUAAUACUGCUAUAAACACCACCAGGCGGUGACUGAAUGAUUUGCCCCGUAUGAUGGGUCUAGAAUCAUGGAACA